AUCUUCAUUUUUUGUUUUGUGAAUAAAAACAGAGGUUUGGGGAAAGUUAUAAAUGUAAACAGGUUAUAAAGCUGCUUAAAUUCAUUCGGCCAAAUCACUUGUAAAUAGAAAAUGUUUCAAAAUAGAUUCCACAGCUUCAAGUUCUUUAAUAAUGUUUAGAGAUUUGUUUAUGCUGAAAUUAUAUUAUGAAGUGUACGGUGAAGUACUAUGGAAAACCCUGCGAUCUUUAACGGUGAAACCCCUCAUCAACCUGUAAAACUAAAUUCUGAAACAAGCACAACGGGUCAGCAACUCUGUGGUAAAAGACCUUCAACCCCUCGCCAGCAGCCAUCUUGUCCCACAAGCUCCGCCCACCAGCCGCCAUCUUGUCUCAUAAACUUGGCCCAUCAGCCGACAUCUAGCCUCACUAGCUCUGCAUCUAAUCCCUCAGGCUCCACCAACCAGCCGGCAACUUGUCCCACAAACUCUGCCUAUCAGCCACCAUCUUAUCCCUCAGGCUCCACACACCAGCCGUCAAGCUCCGCCCAUCAGCCGCCAUCUUGUCCCUCAAGCUCCGCCCACUCGCAGCAGCCAUUAUCUUGUAAGACACCAGUCACCACCGGUGCACUGAUUUUCGGCGGAGACCGAAAAUGGUUGCAACAGAUCACAAAACGUAGCCAUCAGCUGGCCAACUCCGAAUACAAGGGCGGUCUUAAAAGUAACGAGAUUGAAUUCAACUUUAUGGUUGAGUCGAAACUGAAUCGAUGGAUGGCCAGGUUGAGGAGUGGUAAUCUAAAGGAGGAACAGAAGGAGGAGGAGGAGGAAGAGGAGGAGGAGGAGGAGGAUGAUGAGGUGGAGAGUGGAGGAGAUUCGGAGAAGAAUAGUGGAGAAGGAGGAGUAAGUGGAAGACGGGAAGGUGUUGGAGGGGGAAGAGGAGAAGGACAGGGAGGAAGAGGUAGUGAGGAAGAAAGUGAAAGAGGAGGAGGAGGUGGAAGAGUUUGGGAAGGAAUGAGGGGAAAACAAAUAGAUGAGGAAGAAGAAGAAGAAGAAGAACUGGGGGAAGAAGAAGAAGGAGAAGGAGAAGGGAGUAAUGAAGGUUUGGUAAAUGGUAGAAACAGAUCUGGAAAAGGAGGAGGAGGAGGAGGAGGAGGGGGAAGCCAACAAAAGCUGGCAGAAGAAAUAGGUAGAAGAGGUGGUAUAAGUGUGAUAGGAGGAGAAAGAGGAAGUGUGAGAGGAGGAGAUGGAAAGGAAGUGGUUUUAAGGGCUGGUGGAGGAGGAAGAGAAGAAGAAGAGGAAGAAGGAAGAAGUGGGAAGAGGCAACGGUUGGACAAAAUUGAGGAGCUGGAUGAGAAUGACGAAACAGGUCAAAAAGGAAAAUAUGAUGAGAAUUUUGGCAAAAAGGAACAGUAUUUACAGACUGAGGUGCAUCUUAUACAGAUGGAUCUGGAGAGAAAUUUGACAAGGAAGCCAGCCAUAUUGCAUUUAAAUGAGAACAACAGAGAUAUCAAUAUGUUGAAGUACCUGUGUGAGAGAGACAAAGAACUUAAGAGAGCAAAGAGAUGCGUUUUAUGCACUUUAAGCGAUUCCGAUGAGACGAUAAAUGGCGUAGAAAUGGACGGAGAAUCAUGUAAUCAUGUGAAACCUGAGUGA